AUGAACAAUAACUGUCAAGAGCUCAUUUCGCAAUGGCUUUGCUCAUCGCGUCAACAAGUCGAUCCUCCGUUACUAGCACAAGUUCUCUUAUAUAUCACAAAAGAUCCUGCAGCAUUACCACAAGUGAUCGACUUUAUCGAAUCAGCAUGGCAUGAAAAAGAUCAUUACAAAUGUGUCGAUCUCCUGACACAAAUGACAGUUCACGGAUCCUCGGGAUUGCAGCCCAGCUCGGUGGAUAUGCUCGUCAAGUUUAUUUGCAAUCAUCUCGCCGAUAAUAAUCACGACGCUCCUGCCAUGGGUCGAUUCGUUGAUAUGAUUUAUGCCCUGGUAUCCAUGACUGAACAUACACGUGGACAUCAUGCCGUUCAAUUAUGCGAGGUGAUCUUUGCCCAUGUGCGUUCCCAAUCGCUGCAUCGAGAUACAAGAUACAAGUUAUUGUUGACCAUGGACAAGAUAUUACAUGAGCAUGUAUAUUACUUGAGGUUGGCCGACUAUGAUUUUGUGGCAGGCUUUAUUACAUUGAUCGAUGGAGAAAAGGAUCCACGGAAUUUGCUGCAGGUGUUCUCAUUAGUAAAAGUGGUCAUUAGCAACUUUGAUAUCUCUUUACAUGUCGAGGACCUAUUUGAUUCUAUAUUUUGUUACUUUCCUAUCUCGUUUACGCCACCACCAAAUGACCCCUAUGGUAUCAGCACACAACAACUCAAGAAUGCAUUAAGGGAAGCACUUGGAUCCACGCCUUACUUUGCCAACUUUGCAACGCCCCUCUUGAUCGAAAAAGUCAUGACAGCAACAGGGAGUGCCAAGAGUGAUGCGAUCGAAACCAUUGGUCUGUGCGCACCAGCUUACGGUGCCCAUGCAUUGCUGCCACACGCUAAUGAUCUAUUCAAGGCAUUAUCUACCGAAGUGUGUGUAGCAAGAUCACCCGCCAUGGAAGAAAUCUCUCUUUCAACAAUCCGUAGCGUGGUGGGUGCACUGGCAAGUGGUAUUUGUAUUGCUGAUAUACGUGAAUCGGUGGAACAAGCCCUACGAUCAUUACUUGAUCCAUGCAUUGCACAGCUUGAACAACCUGAAUUGAAGAAUGCUAAAUCAGCUGCUCAUAUCUUGUGCGCUGCAGCAUCGGCAGCAGAUCCAAGCUGCUCAUGCAUCGUACACAGCAUCGCUCCUAUGCUUACACGUCUUUUUCGACCCACCGAUUCCCCAGUGCGAUUAAAAGCUAUCCUCGACGUCUUCAACAGCAUGCUUCAAAGUCAUAAUAGAUUCUACUCCUCAUCUUCAUCGGCAUUAUCGAAUGAACAUCAAGAUACCAUGCAAUCACCACUGUACGCAUACAAGGCACAUCUUGUGGAUGCAUUCCUGAAUUCGGUUUACAACAAUGACGAUGGCGUACGGCUAACAGCAUUGGAAGGUUUGCAGCAGAUGAUAUCCUUGAAGCAGUUUUUGUCGCAAGAAGAGCUUCACGUAUUCAUCAAGCAGCUUGUGGAUCUCUAUUUGAGGGAGAGCAAUGAUAAAAUCAGCAACCUCGUUCUUGAGAUCUUUUCGGCAACAUCAAGGAUAUCACCAGCAAUCGCCGAGCAAUACAUCCUACCAUUCUUUAUCGAUCAUACCAUGUCUUCUGCAAGCCAUAGCCAGUCAUUUGGAAAACCACUCCACGUCAUCGACGUAUUUGCCAGCCAGCCCUACUUGUCACGUGUCAUCAUCCCAUCUCUCUUUACAAAGUUGCAUCACCUCCUUUUACAACACCAACGUGCUGAGAAUGAUGACAACCUUGCCCAUGCCCUAUGUCGAAGUAUCCUCAAUGCAUUAAAGUUAUCGAGCAAACACGCUGAGAUCAUGGAAGCCGCACAACUGCAAGUGUAUCCUUUCAUUUUAGCGGAGUGCGUAAAGGCAAGCCUUCGACUACCUAACAGCUGGAGGACCGAUAAGACGCUUUUGGAUCUUUUAGCUCUUAUACAAGCAACCAUAUUGCGUGGAUCAUCGAUUAGCUUCCAAGAGAUGGCAUUGAAUCAAGCUUAUCGGUUAUUUCUCGAUGGUGAUCUUUCAACUAUCAACCCGCAGCUUGGGAAUACAAACAUAGCCCAACACUUUGGAUUAUGGAAUGGCUCCAAUGUGACGGAGGACAUGGAUAUAUCGGUGCUAUUCCCGGCCAUUGUGGGUAAUUGCAGGAAAGAGGCAAAAUCACCCAUUCAAGAUUGCCUUGCCUUGCUCCAACAACUUGGUGAUCUUUUGAUUGAUUCAAGAAGCAAUAUGAUUGUUACGCAAAAGAUGGCGUUGGUGAGGACGAUUGCAUCGAUUGCCAACAAGUGCAGUAAUCCGCAAAUGCCAGACACGAUCAAAUUUUAUGCUCAAUCUCGGCUGGUUCCCUUAUUGCAGAAUAUGUCUUAUCCUAGUAAAAGUCGCUUGGAUGCUUGUCUACUCACUGUUUGGCUUGCAAAAGCACUAUUGAUACGUGGUCAAGCUGCUGGGAUGGAUAUGCUGAAUACGAUUAUGGACAUGCUAAGCAUACCGGAGCCAUUGGCUUUGGAUGUUGCCGAAAGCUUUACUGUACUUUUACAAGACGAUGAGCUCGUACUUACGAGAGCAUCUUUUGCAAAUGUGUCGAUCCUAUACAAGCAACGCAUUUUCUACCAUUGCAUACCAGUGCUUAUUUCUCGAGCAGAAUCUACGCCGAAUGAAGGCAUGCGGUACAGCCAUCUCUGUGCAUUUUCAUACAUCAUUAUCAAUCUCCCUAUUCAAGUCAUCACCAACGAAGUACACAAAUUCAUUGGCGGAUUUAUUGCAUCCCUUAAAAUAAUGACGUUAUCCGACCUCCUCAUAUCGUUGCUCCAUGUCGCCGAAAAGAUAGUCCCUGGUGCUAUAGGCGAGCUCACACCUGAGCAUUUACAUAAUCUUGUGGAAGCACUUUUGACAUUGGGAACUUACAACCAUCACAUGAUUGUUCGCAUUGCAGCAUUACAAGCAUUAAGUGCACUGACGACGACUCGUCAUGACGGCACACUCCUCCAUACAAUGGCACCAAGGGUGAUACGGCAAUUGGCAAUCGCACUCGAUGAUAAGAAGCGGCAAGUACGAAGGGUAGCAGUGACCUGUCGAGCGAAUUGGUUUGCCCUGAUACAAUAA